AUCUUCUAUAUAUGCGCGCACACGUAUAUUAGAGACAGCUCACUUGGCCUUCUGAUGCAAACUGGUCCAUUCUCUCUCUCUCUCUCUCUCUCCCCCCCCCCCCAAUAUGUGAAUCAUGGAGUUCCACCGAUCGUCUUCUUCAUCCAACCAUCCUCAAUCUAGACUAACCUCUCUGUCUUCACAACGCAGCCUUGCUUCGGUUCCUUCCCUGAACUCUCGGUCUCAGCACCAUGCCUCGACCUAUCAUCAGUGUCUUGCCACUCUCAAAGGUCACACAUCUUAUAUAUCCUGUAUAGCCCUUGCUGGGAAAUUCCUCUACACAGGAUCAUCUGACAGAGAAAUCAGGUCCUGGAAUCAUGCUUCUUUGCAUUCUGAAAUAUUCGACACUGAACAGUCAAACUCAAUCACUAACGUGGUGACGGCAGGGAAAGGUGCAGUAAAGUCCUUAAUAGUUCAGUCUGAUAAACUCUUCAGCGCCCACCAAGACUACAAAAUCAGAGUAUGGAAGAUAAGCAGCUACGAACCUGACCAUCAGAAGUACACCCGUUUAGCCACGCUUCCGACGUUUGGUGACCGGGCCACGAAGGUGUUGAACCCAAAGAACCAUGUGCAGAUUAGGAGGCACAAAAAAUGCACCUGGAUUCACCAUGUGGACACUGUCUCUGCUCUGGCCUUGUCCAGGGACGAGACCUUGCUCUACUCAGUUUCAUGGGACCGCUCAGUCAAAGUCUGGCGAACCAGCGACUUCACCUGUUUAGAAUCAGUGAACAACGCACAUGAUGAUGCCAUAAACGCCAUGGCAGUUUCUGAUGAUGGUUACGUGUACACCGGAUCAGCAGAUAAGAAGAUCAAGGUAUGGAAGAAAGGCGAAGGAGAGAAGAAACAUUGUCUGGUUGAUACGUUAGAGAAACACAACUCUGGGAUUAAUGCCUUGGCUCUGAGCAGUGAUGGGUCUCUGCUCUAUUCAGGUGCUUGUGACAGAUCUAUACUGGUUUGGGAAAAGGAUGAAGAAGAAGAAGAUGGGAAAAUGACGCUGGUGGGUGCGCUUAGGGGACACACCGAGUCCAUAUUAUGCUUAGCCAUGGUUUCGGAUUUGGUUUUUAGUGGUUCUGCUGAUAAAACAAUCAGAAUAUGGAGAGGAGUUCAUGAUGAUUACUCUUGUUUAGCAGUUUUAGAAGGACAUAGGGGUCCUGUUAAAUGCUUAACUGCAGCGGUUGAUCCUAGUGGUCAGUCUGAAGAAUCUUUUCUAGUUUACAGUGGCAGUUUGGACUGUGACAUUAAGGUUUGGCAGAUCAUUGUACCUGUUCUCUAGUUUCUGUUUUCACGACAUGUGGGGGAAAAAAAUUUAUAUCAAGUGUUUUUCUUUCUCUUAUC